AUGGGGAAGGCGAGCUGCCAGCACCCCGGGCUCACCGGCCUGUGGAAUGUGGGCAACACGUGCUACAUGAACGCGGCCCUGCAGUGCCUCUGCAGCGUGCCGCCGCUGGUGGAGUAUUUCCUCUCGGGCAAGUACAACGCAGCCCUGCGCAAGGAGAAGAAGGAGGCUGCGACUGCCUUUGGCAGGCUGGUGUCCGACAUGUGGCAUGGCGAGUCCGACUGCGUUUCCCCGGAGGAUUUCCAGACGGCGCUGGGGAAGCGGUACCCGGCGUUCAGCCAGGGGACGCAGCAGGACGCCCAGGAGUUCCUGAUCUGCGUGCUGAACGAGCUCCACGAGGCGCUCCAGACGGUAAGAGCGCGCGGCGGUUCAAGCAAACCAACGGAUGCGAAAGCGAGCGGAGGGGUCAGCGAAACCUCGAUCAUCACGGAGUUAUUCGAGGGAGAACUCUGUUACGACAUCACGUGUCUGAAAUGCAAAACCACCGUGGCCAGACCCGAGCGCUUCACCGUUCUGUCCCUGCCCAUCCCUGCCAAGCGCACGUGCUCCCUGCAGGACUGUCUCAAACGCUUCUUUCAGCAAGACACGCUGACUCGGAACAACCAAAUCCACUGCUCCCGCUGCGGAGCAAAGCGAAAUGCCGCCGUCGAGGCCAUCAUGACCAAGGCACCGCCCAUCCUUGUUUUUCACCUGAAGAGGUUUGAAUGGCAAGGCAAGCACAACAGGAAACUCUCCACUAACGUCUGCUACCCGCUCAGCGACCUGGAUCUGGCGCCCUACGGUUCCCACGGUGCCUGCAAGGACGCGGAGUACAGCCUCUGCGCUGUAGUGAACCACUCUGGACUUCUGGACGAUGGCCACUACACCGCCCUCUGCAAGCACUCGCUCACCCGAAACUGGUACCACUUUGAUGAUGCGCAGGUCACCCAGAUCCCCACUUCCUCGGUGCAGACUGACACGGCCUAUCUCCUGUUCUACACCUCUCAAGGCCGCCAACGAGAGUGA